GGGCUCUAGGGGGCGGCGGGGCGGGGAAGGAGGGAGGGAGGAAGGGCUUGGCUCCGUCUCUCUCUCGGUCUCAGUCUCUCUCUCGGCGGCGACGAUGACGGACGCCCUGCUGCCUUCUUCGGACCAGAACGGAGGCUGCUACUUCCGAAAGGGAUGCAACCCUCUUGCAGAGACCGGGCGCAGCAAAUUGCAGAACCAAAGGGCCGUCCUGAACCAGCAGAUCCUGAAAGCGGUGAGGAUGAGAGCGGGCGCUGAAAACCUCCUACGGGCGACAACCAACAACAAAGUGCGGGAACAGGUGCUUCUCGAGCUCAGUUUCGUCAACUCCGACCUGCAGAUCCUGAAGGAGGAGCUGGAAGGGCUCAACAUCUCCGUCGAGGUCUAUCAGAACACAGAGCAGGCCUUCAGCAUUCCUCUGAUCCCACUUGGCUUGAAAGAAACGAAGGACGUCGACUUCUCUGUCCCUCUGAAGGACUUUAUUCUGGAACACUAUAGCGAAGACGGUUCUGAAUAUGAAAACGAAAUUGCUGAUCUCAUGGAUUUAAGACAAGCUUGCCGCACUCCCAGCAGAGAUGAAUCUGGAGUCGAAUUGUUGAUAAGCUACUUCGUUCAGCUUGGCUUUAUAGAAUCUCGGUUUUUUUCACCCAGCAGAAACCUGGGCAUUUUAUUUACCUGGUAUGACUGCUUCACCGGCGUCCCUGUCUGCCAGAACAAUUUGUUGCUCGAAAAGGCUAGUAUUUUGUUUAAUAUUGGAGCGCUCUACACACAGAUUGGUACAAGGUGCAACCGACAGACAGCAGCAGGGCUGCAAAAAGCCAUCGAUGCAUUUCAGAAAGCUGCGGGUGUCCUGAAUUAUCUCAAAGAGACGUUCACUCACACACCAAGUUACGACAUGAGUCCGGCCAUGCUAAGCGUGCUGACCAAAAUGAUGCUCGCUCAGGCGCAGGAGUGCGUUUUCGAACAGAUCUGCCUUCCGGGAAUACGGAACGAGUUCUUCACCCUGGUGAAAAUGGCCCAGGAAGCAUCCAAGGUUGGAGAGACCUACUUGCUUGUCAAUAUAGCGAUGAAUCAAGCACCUGUCAAGGAGAACAUCCCUUACUCUUGGUCCAAACUGGUCCAAGUCAAAUCAGAUCAUUUCGGAGCUUUGGCGCAUUAUUUUGUUGCAACUAUCUUGGGUGACCACCAGUUGAAUCCACAUGACGACGAAGACCAGCAGGAAAAGGCCUUCUCCCAGCUGUACGACCGCAUGCCGGAAGGGCUGGCUCCCCUGGCCAUCCUCAGGGACAGCGUCCAGCGCAAACAACUUGGGAAAUCCCAUUUGAAGAGGGCCAUCGUCCACCACGAAGAAGCCUUAAGGGUUUGCAGCAUGUGCAGAAAGCUCCGGAACAUCGAGGUUCUCCAGGAAAUCCUGUCGGUUGCGCACAAGCGAUCCCUCCUUAAAUAUUCACAGCAAGAACUGGAAGACGACUUCUUGAGUUUGUCAUCCGCUUCCGAUAUCCUUCCCAAGACAGACCAUAAAGUAGAAACUAUUGCUCCCCAGUUCUCCAAGGUGAAAGUCAAAGACUUCUUUGAAAAGCUGGGUCCGCUUGCGGUGUUUUCGGCCAAGCAGAGGUGGACGGCUCCUCGCACUGUGCGCUUCCGAUGUGAAGCCGGGAAUCUGGGAUUUACCCUGAAAGGCGGGCCACCCGUCCACGUUUACUGCCUGGAUCCAGCUUGUCUCGCAGCGUUGGCAGGUCUGAAAGAAGGGGACUGCCUUGUUGCCGUCGAAGGCGCAGACUGCAAAUGGCUGGGAGUCAGUGAAGUCUUGGAAAAGCUGCGCAACUUGGGAGACCAGGAGAUGGAGAUCCAGGUGAUCAGCUGCCAAGAUACGGCAGCUUCCCUGCACAACAAAAGCGCAACCUACUCUGUGGGCAUGCAGAAGACCUACUCUCUGAUCUGCCUGGCCAUGGACGAAGACAAGAACGACAAGGCCAAGAAAACGACCCCGAAGCUGUCCUUUCUGAGCUGGGGGAUGAAGAACAACCGGCAGAAGGCCGCCAGCACGCUCUGCCUUCCUUCCGUGGUGACGGGAAGUUCUCCAGCGAAGAAGAAGCUCACCUCUCCCUUCACGCUUCUGAGUACAGACAGCUCGUUGUAUUAGAACUGGGAAAGCAGUCUUCCUUGUGCCAUGAACAUGUAAUUGUAAAGUCUUGUCAAUCUGGAAUGGCUGUGGUUCCAUAGGCCAACUCAAAUCUGGACGGUGCCUUUUCUCCUUAUGCUGGAAAAGCAAGGCAUUUUAAUCAGGAAUUAUCUCAUUUGCUACCGAACUCCUCUGAAGCAUCUGUAUGCGUUUCCUCAUGACUCUUCUCUGCAAAGACGAUGAAGGAUUGUCUGUCAUUGUGCCAUGGUCAAGUCGUAAUUUUAAAGUGUACUGAGCAUCCCCUGGAUUCUUGCAAAAAUAAGAGAAUCAAUGACUGAGAUGGCACAACAUUCACUUAUUGGUUACAUUGGAAAUGGUUACACUGAAGUCCAAAAAACUUAGCUGAGAUCAGUCAGUACUAGAGAUGGGAUGGCCUGGAGGCAAAAAAAAAACCCAAAAAAAUCUAUUUCCGAAGCCAUUAUAUGGUUUGAAUACCACGUCAUAGAUAUAUUAUUUAUUACAGUAGAGUUCCGGUUAUCCGACAUAAACUGGAAGCCGAAUGCUGGAAAAUUGAUAACCCUAUUAUCCCUCCUGGCAAGCCAAGUGCUUGCCAGGAGGGAAAAGUCUCCACCGGCUUGAAAAGGCUCCCUGCUGCCUAGAAAAACAGCUGAUUUUCUAGGCAGCAACACGCAGGGGGCUUUUCUACACCAGAUGCUUGUCUGGGAAAGAGGAGAUUUUUCCCUCCCAGCAAGCAACCGGCUGCCUAGAAAACAGCUGAGCUUCUAGGCAGCAACUUCCACACCAGAUGCUUGGCUGGGAACAACCGGCUUGAGAAGGCUCCCUGCUGCCUAGAAAAACAGCUGAUUUUCUAGGCAGCAAUGUGCAGGAAGCUUUUCCAUGCCGGCUGCAUGCUUGUCUGGGUAAGAGGAGAUUUUUCCCUCCCGGCAAGCAACUGGCUGCCUAGAAAACAGCUGAUUUUCUAGGCAGCAACUUCCACACUGGGUGCUUGGCUGGGAGCAACCGGCUUGAGAUGGCUCCCUGCUGCCUAGAAAAACAGCUGAUUUUCUAGGCAGUAAUGCACAAGGGGCUUUUCCAUGCUGAGUGCUUGUCUGGGAAGGAGGAGAUUUUUCCCUCCCGGCAAGCAACUGGCUGCCUAGAAAACAGCUCAUUUUCUAGGCAGCAGCUUCCACACCGGGUGCUUGGCUGGGAACAACCGGCUUCAGAUGGCUCCCUGCUGCCUAGAAAAACAGCAACGCACAGGGAGGCUCUCCAAGCAUCCGGUGCUUGCCGUGAGGACAGAGUCUGUGGUGCCAGGCACCCACUGAGAGAGGCAAGACGGAUAAUACAGUGUGUUGGAUAAGCAGAAAUCGGAUAACCAGAACUCUACUAUAUUGGAAAAGAAGAUAUUCUACACACUUUUCCCCCCUAAUUUUUCCGCGGAAAAAAUGCCACUGCAAAGCACUUUUUUCCCCCAGGCCUUCCCAUUUCUACUCAAUAAGGUAAAUUACAUGGUGGAAAUUAAAUCUGUUGUGUUAAACUCAAGUGACAAAACCUGGAACUGGUUUGAAAUAUUGCCCCUUUGGGCCCAUCCUGGAUCCUCCCUUGGUGUGCACGUUUUAGUAUCAGGAGGAGGAGAAGAGUCCUCUCUGUCCAGUAGAUCCAAGUGGAUGGCUCUGCAGCACAACCGUCCUUGCCUUGCCCAUCGUUUGUUGCCAUCGCAGUGGCCUUGGAACUGCAGAAAGCCUCUCCCCAUGGCAUGGAUAAUUUUGCUUGCAUUGGCAGCAAUGCUGAGCAAUGCCCUCAAACUUCCUUCAGCUCCGAGGUUGAUGCUAUGGGAUGAACGACCACCAACAAGGUGAGCAUCCCUCCAUUUUCCCAACACUGAUGAGCAUAGGGAAACCAUCAUAGUGACAACACUGCCCCAUGCAAAGGAUGAGGCUGAUUCAUAACCAGCUCCAGUGUUUACAUUAACCUGAAGUGCGGGUAAGCUCCAGGCCAGUGGUUCUCAAUCUAUGGGUCCCCAGAUAUGUUGGCCUUCAACUUCCAGAAAAGCUGGUAAACUGGCUGGGAUUUUUGGGAAUUGUAGGCCAAAACUCCUGGGGACCCAUAGGUUGAGAACUACUGCUAUAGACAUUCCUGGUUUUGAUUAACAACCACAUUAAAUGGCUGUACCCCGUGUUAUGGGCGAGAUGGCUCAGUAUAUUAUGAAAACGACGCAGAGCCAAUUUGUGCCCAUUUCAGUUUCAAGUCUCGUGUUGAUUUGGAUGCUGCACUGGGUGGACCUCUCAUUGAAAAACAGCAUCAUCCCACUUUCAACAUUAUUAGCUUUCCAAAGAAUUAGUGUGCGUGUGUUUUUCUUAAUGAAUUGAUAUUUCAGUACCGCUGUAACACAUAAAGGUCCUCGGGUACCAAUGUUGCCGGGAAAGGCCAGAGUUUGUUCCAUCAAGGCUUGGCCUGGACGACACUCCUGAAUUCUAGCCUCCAAAUAGUUCUUGAACAUGUAUUGGGAUGAGUCUGCAAGAUAAACGCUUCUAUGGCCCUACUGUAAUGAAUGUAUAGAGCAAUGGUUCUCAACCUGUGGGUCCCCAGAUGUGUUGGCCUCCAACUUCCAGAAAAGCUGGUAAACUGGCUGGGGUUUUUGGGAAUUGUAGGCCAAAACACCUGGGGACCCCAAGUUGAGAACCACUGGUAUAGUCAGGCUGGAGAUGCCGUGUGUUUUGCGGAUAUUGUUGAAAGUCUAUUUUCCACCAGCCUUUUAGCAAACAUGGUUACUUUUUGGAAGAUGGGAGGUUGGUUUCCUGCUUCCAUGGGAACAUGAUUGAAAGAUGUUGCCACCGACUUGCUGCUAAACCAGGCAUUGGCCAACUUCGGCCCUCCCUCCAGGUGUUUUGGACAAACUUCGGCAAACUUCGGACUCCAUAGAAUCAUAGAUUCUAUGAUUCUAUGGAGUUCGAAGUUUGCUGAAGUUUGUCCAAAACACCUGGACUCCAGGUGUUUUGGAGCCGGUAGGCUAUUGGGAAUUGUGAGAAUUGAAGCCCAAAACACUUGGAAGGAGGGACGAAGUUUGCCCAUAUCUGUGAUAAACAAUAUUAUUAGUCCAGAUAUUUCAGAAGUAAACUUUGCCUUGUUUACAUUCUUCCAUCUGCAUCUUUGCAUCUGUGAAGCCAAAUCGAUUUAAGCAGCGCCCCAGAUUGGAGGAGAAAGGAUAGAGAAAUAAUACAGUAACCAGAUUUAAAUAUCCGAAGAUGAAGCAAACCUGUUUCUGCGGCUUCGGAAAUUAAAACAGUAAGAAUUGUAUGACAGUGGAUUUAUCUGCCUUGCAAAGGAAUGGACUCUCCUUGUUGGGAAGAUGGAAACAGAACAAGUUCUUUUAGCCCAGAUCAAACUCCCAAAUGCCUGCCAAGUAUCAUUGUAAAAUAUACCUGUAAUUUAGUAGCAGAAGGACUGCUGUCAUGUGAGGUUUUGCAUACCCAAUGCCUUGUUCCAAGUAGUUUACAAUGGAACUAACUAUGCCUUAAGAGACGUUUAGGAGCAGUCACCCAUUUAGGAACCCGUCCAACUGGUCGUAUAUUUUUCUGGACAUUUGCUGCUGCUGUUCUCUCUCUCUCUCUUUAAAGUUGACGCUUGCUAACACAGUAGUGUUAGUCUAAAAGUAUUGUCUACAGGGUAGAUCUCGCAAUGUUUGAUUGAUAGAUUAACUCCUUGCUUUGAUUUGAACUCAUGGCGACGGGAAGGGGAUCGAUCUCCCUGAUAGGAAAUUUUAGGUAAUGCGGUUUGGGGAUUGUAUUUGUUUGAAAGCCUGGUGUAUCAAACUUUGUAUGAACUCAUCUAUCUUUUUUUUAGGGUUUUGUAUUUAUACAUAUUAGGUGUAAAUACAUGCAUUUUAAAGUCUUAUUUAAGAAUCCUUUUGGACAAGUGUUUGUCUUCAAUUGCAUUGCAAGUAGGAUGAAGCAGUGAGGCCUCUCUCGCCUGUUGAUGCUUGUUAAGAAUGCAGAUGCAAACCAGUUUAUUUCUUCUCUAUCCUUCUGUGAAAGGAAAAGAAAUCAUCAAUAGCGGCUGCUCUUGAUCUCUUGUUGUUGUUGUUGUUGUUAUUGUGCAAUAUCUGAAUUGAUGCUCAGAACUGAUCUUAGCACAUAAUAAAACAUAUGUAGCGAGUCA